CAGCUUGCCUUUGGUUCAGGUGUUGGACCAAAUUGACCGUCAAAAGACGAGGGACCCACUCGCUGUAGAAUGAGGUAUUUUUGGUAGUUAUGAGGUCUGACAUCAGGCUUUAGCGGCCGUCAUGCCCUGGCAGCCCCAACAACACCAAACCCGUGCAUGUCGGGUACGAUCACUGCCACUUUCGAAGACCUCGAUCCGCCAAAUAUUGAUGAUGGUAACACCGGCCUGACCUCCUUCAGCCCCUACCUGGGGUUGAAUUAUCAGAGGUUCAGCGCCAUCGACGUACAACCCGAGGAGGGUCGCGUCAUAUUCUACACCCUCUCACGUAUUACGAGCGCAGUCGGGUCUCUCAUCGACUUAUUACCGACUUCGAUCCCGUUACCGGUGACUCCUCCAGCCAUCCUUCCCGCCGCCCCCGCAAAGAGUUUUGACCUUGACAGUUUCGACUUCGGCUGUGUUGUUCGGGGCCUGGCCCCAAUGGUUGACGGCGUGAUAGGGUUCGACUGCGAAAUCCAGAUUAUUCCCAUCAGAGCGUAUCCUUCCGAUCCGCAGCAAGCUACCAAGACGUGCACUUACACAGCGCCGACCAGUACAGGCUCGCCUGAAACAACGGGGGCCCAUUACAAGAGAUGUAAUGUCGGGCUCAAGAGCCUGAAAGAGGCAAGGUUCCUAACCACCCCUAUAAUCUCAGAGGAACAAUGCAAGGUCAUUGGAGGUGUUUUGGACGGUGUGACGGAGGCAGCGCUUGUUACUGCAAUGGACAAUGUCACAUACAGUCUGGAAUGUUAAAUGACUUGAGGUGGGAGGGUUGUUCAGAGACUCUGGUGUGGAAUCUAAUAUGGUGUUUAACUGUUAUUUCCAUUCACCUGGACGAGCGCAUCUGAAAGCCGGUAUGCUGUGUCGUACGGAAACAUGACAUGAAACCAUAUUCUGGAUGCGAUUUUGGUUAUUACAUGGGUCCUUACAUAGUUCCUG